GCGUUGCUUUCAUAGUCUGUCAACCCACACGUGUUUAACCACGUAUUCUUGUUCAGGGGAACCUCUAUUAUGGAUGACGUUGGUCGCGAAAGCCUACGUGUUAAAUGUGUACAGGGAAAUUUAGUUUUGAGGGGGAUGAGUGAGGAAUCCCGGUGGCAUGGAUGGCGUCGUGAAGCAGCGGUGAAGCACGGUGCUUGAGGACUGAACACAUGAACGCACCUCGUGGCAGAGCCUUGAAUUUGGAGAAACUUAACAACGAUGAAGAAGUUUCACAAUCCAAGGAUGAGGACGCCUCGCAAGCUUCGACUGACUCCGCCGCCACCACCAUGGACACUAUCGUCUUCCGCAGUGAUCUGGUUCUCUCAGACAUCCACGUGCUCAUGCCCAGCAGUAGGCGACUCAUGGUGCGGCUGAACGCCGUCGGACAGCCUGUUUACGUGUCCAAGUACAAGAUUCUGUGGGGCACUGCCCAUGAAGAUGGCUGCUUCCCACCACCGACAUCAAGCAUCUGCACGGACGACAGCGCCACCAUUCCCUCCCAAGCGUGUGAAGAGUGGCGAAGCGAGACGCCCAGUGGUGCCAGCGACGCCAGUGGCCUGCUGGACGAGGACGGAGACCUCCUGGUUGCCCGGAAGCCCCGUGACUCAGUCAGUGUUGUUGGCGAAAGGGCUGGCCGUGCCAACGAUCGGCCGCUGAGUCACCCUGUGCUGCUGAGCCAGGCGGAACGCUGGACAGACGAGGAGGCGGAUGAGGAUGAUGAGGAGGGACAGACUGCCAGUGAUACACUGCGAAUAGAACACACGAUGGGAACAUGUCUGGAUGAUGUUGGAAAGCAGGUAUGGCGCGGCGCCUUCCUGCUCGGCGAUUACCUCCUCCAGCACCGGCGUGAGUUCUGCGGGGUCACGGCACUCGAGUUGGGCGCGGGCACCGGCGCCACCAGCAUUGUGGCCGCCACAUUCGCCCGCACCGUCUACUGCACAGAUGUUGGUGAUGAUCUUUUGGACAAUUGCCAACGGAAUGUCAAUGCAAACAAGCAUUUGUACAUGCGCCCUGAUGGAGAGGAGGGAGGAGAGGUGAAAGUUAGGACAUUGGACUGGCUCAAAAAUGACUUUUGUACAGACUCUGAGUGCCGCUUUUCCUGGACAGAGGAAGAGGUGGCACAUCUACACGACAACGCCACCGUGCUUCUCGCGGCCGACGUUUGCUAUGACGAUGAGCUCACUGAUGGGCUGUUUAGAACUGUCUUCCGCAUCAUGAACAACCUUCGCAGCACCAGCUCCCUCUACAUCGCCAUAGAGAAACGCUACAAUUUCACAUUGCGUGCGCUGGCUGUGACCUGCGACGCGUACGACCACUUCCGCACGUGCCUCGCCGGGCUGGCCGGCAUGGAGGGCGAGCGCAGGGUGUUCACCGUGCAGUCGGUGUCUACGGACUUCGCGCAGUCAAUCCUGUACGACCGCGUGGAGCAGCUGGAGCUUUGGAAGGUCACAGCCACUGAUCUUGCCCAGUCUUCUCAGCACUGAUGGGCGGAGAGCAGAAUUCGUCUUCGAAAAUGCCUCUCGCCUUACGUGCAUGUGUACACAUCCGGAAGACUGAAAGCCUUGUGUUGUGAUAACAUCUGAUUUUACUCGAAGUUAACAAACACAGGCAUCUACAGACGCUCAACAUAGACAGGGAUGUGAGGAAUAAACAUACAUCCAAAAAUUAAGAGCGGGUCAAAUCUAAGUCCAGUAUAUACUGGAAAUGUGAAACUUCUAUCACGAGCUCAGGCCUGCCAAAGGAGAUUGGCACUUCCCACAGCUGAUUUGAGUAUGGGAACACAUUGACUUCUUUCUAGAAAGAUACAUGUCUUCAGCCUAUGUGGACGUUAACCUUUGGAUUUAUUUUAUUCGUUUUGCUGUGAUUUUAGGAAGUAAAGAAAUGGGGGAAAACUGGAUCAUUAAUAAUGUUGACAAUGUGUGGUGUGUCUAAGAAAUUAGCAUUUAAACUUUUAAAUGUUUUAUUUUGGAAGCAUGAAUAUUUUAGGUUUUUGUUUUUGGAAUCUUCCAGUUGAGUGUUUGCAUCUUUUUUUUUAAUCAUAUGGAGGAUUUAUGCACGACUGUAUAUACCUAUCCUACGCUUCAACGUGGCCGACAAGUUCUGUACAAUGAAAAGCAUUUAUGCAAGACAUUGUUAUAAAUAUUAAAAGAUCAAUUGUCUGAUUGAGUGAUAUCUUAACACGACAUUGUUCAUGAUCACAAAAAAUGGGAAAUGAAACGGUACUUCUGUAAACAAAAAAUGUAUACUCGCGAAUUAUCUCACAAUAUCAUUCAUGUAUAUUGAAUCGUGAAAGCUGUGAUUUUGCAAUAAUACAGAUUAAUGGCUCUUCGUAA